AUGUAUAUGUGUUAUUUAUAAUCUACUUUCAUCAUAUAGUCUGCCUAUCUUAAUGUGACAUAGUUUUGUCUAACAGUGAAUAUCUACUGGAUGUAAAGUUUGAACACAAUUAUUUUUUGAAAAUCUCUCACAUAUUUUUCUGCCAUCUAUGAGGUAUAAACUAUUUUUCUCGUGUGUGACUGUGAGAUUUGACAGCCCUCAAUUAGAUUAAAACAGUGAUCGCAGAGUUUAUGAUUAUAAAUUUCAUUAACCAAAGAAAAAUUAUCAAAAAAAUGUAAUAAGUUGAAAGGGUCCAUUAAAUUACUUCACUCAAGACGUUUGACUUUUCCGAAUAAAAAUUUAAUCAUUAAAAUGCUGGUAUGGUGGAGACCAGAACAUCAAAUAAAAAGAAGAGGUAGAAACAAACAACAUUCAAAUAACAGUUGAGAAAUUUUGUUUCCAGGAAAGCAUCAAUGCAAAAAAAGUGGAUGAGAGGAUAUGUUGUAAUGGUCGUGGUUUAAAUAAGUGGUUAAUAUAUUCUAUUUCAUUAUUUAUAUAUUAUUAUAUUUUCUCAAUUGUGGAAAUUUUGGAUACUAAUCAUGGAAGAAAAGGAUUAUACUGAAGAACUUGCAAAAAUUAACAGUAGAAUUCAAGAAUACCGUGCAGCUCAGAAACGCAUUUCAGAUAUAUUAAGUACUUUAGUUGCACAAAAGGAGCGAUUAGAAAUGAAUUACAAUCUAACUAGGGAAGUAAACACCUGGAAAGAUGGUGUUUUUGAGUGGUCGAAUAAAAUACUUGACAUUUUGAAAGAAGUUUUCAAUUUUGAAAAUUUUCGGUUAAAACAGUUGACAGCUAUUAAUGCCACAUUAUCAAAACAGGAUGUAUUGCUAUUAAUGCCUACUGGGGGAGGUAAAAGCCUAGUUUACCAGUUACCUGCUUUAGUUGAUGGAGGUUUGACAGUAGUUAUUUCCCCUUUAAUUGCUCUAAUAGAAGAUCAGCUGAUAUCUUUGAAAAAAAUGGACAUUGAGGCAGCUACGAUUAAUGCUAGCACAGCAAGACGUGAAAAGAAGGUAAUACAGGAUUUGAUGGUUACAAAAAAUUCUAAGCUUCGAAUACUGUUUGUUACCCCAGAAUGGGUAGCAAAAAGCAAAAUGUUCAUGUCCUGUCUUAAAAAGUGUUAUGAGAAGAAAUCACUUGUUAGAAUUGUUAUAGAUGAAGUACAUUGUUGCUCCACAUGGGGACAUGAUUUUCGACCAGACUAUCAACAUUUGGGAUUAUUUAAACAAAUGUUUCCUGAAGUUCCUAUACUAGGUUUAACAGCAACUGCUACAAUGGAGAUAUUAGCUGAUAUUAAGAGAACUCUUAAUCUCAAGUCUCAUGUGGUUUUAACCUCUCCGUUUAAUAGACCAAAUCUGUUUUAUAAGGUGGUAUUUAAACCUGAAAAAAACGAGUGUGUAAAGAUGAUUGCAAAUUGGAUGAAGAACAGAUAUAAAGACAUGUCUGGAAUUAUUUAUACUUCCACAAUCAAAGAAUCUGAAGAACUUAGCAUUGCAUUAAAGGACCAAAAUUUACGAGUAAAAUAUUACCAUGCUCAACUUGAUCCUGAGCAUAAAACUAUAAUUCAUAAACGAUGGCUGGAGAAUAAAUAUCAAGCAGUAGUUGCUACUACUGCUUUUGGAAUGGGAAUUGAUAAACCAGAUGUGAGAUUUGUUAUUCAUUAUUCACUUCCCAAGAGUUUAGAAGGACUCUAUCAGGAAAGUGGAAGAGCAGGAAGAGAUGGUGAAAAGUCAGAUUGUAUUCUUAUGUUUGGGUUAACUGACUUUUUAAAACAUCACAGCAACGCAAAUAGACCUGCAGAGGAACAACAAGCUCAGGAUAUUCUAGCAUAUUGUCUCGAGAAAAAUAGUUGUAGAAGAAAGAUUGUUAUGGAACAUUUCAGAGAUACCUAUAAACCUUCCGACUGUGAUAGUAUGUGUGAUAAUUGUAAAAAUCAAUCUCCGAGGAUUACCUAUGUACUUAAUGGCAUUUUAAAAUAUAUUGUAAAUAUUAUAAAAAACAGUAAUGAAAAAGAAUCUAAAUUAACUCUACUGAAACUAUUGAAUACUUGGAACGCUCAUUUUAAAAACAAAAUUUGUUCCAAAGAACAACAAGAGUAUGUAAUUGGUUAUUUUAUCAAGGAAAAUUAUCUCGCUGUGGAGAGAGGAUACUCCAUGUACACAAAUUUAGCAUACAUACAGCUAGGCCCGUGUGUCAAUAACGGAAAGAAAAUAAUCAUCAGACAUCCAGAUCAUUUCAGUUUGCCGGAGAUAAUAACUGUCACUGAUGAUCAACGAGCUCAAGAAUUCAAUGACAAUAGUGACGCCAUAAAUAUUACAUCUGAUUCUCAAAUAGCUGUCUCUAAUGACAGUAACGAACAACAUGACAUUUUUCUAGCAAAUGUGAAUCUAAUGUUAGAAAAAGAGUUAGCAACUGAGAAUUCCGUACCUAGGGGAAAAAAACGAAGACAUAAGAAUGAAGAGGCAUCAGAAUCAGAUUAAACCAUCAUUACUUCAAUUAGUUUUCAGUAAAAUAGCAUUUGGUAAAUUAGUUUUUAAUAUAUGUUGAAUUUCACGAUUAUAUUAUUUUGAAAACAUAGUUAUAACUAUUUUGAUAUCAAUAAAUCGCUCACGAGCGUGCAAAGGGAGACAAGUCAAAAACAAUAGUAUUGAAAUAUAUUGGUUUUUGAAAAGGUCCUAUUUUCAGUUGAGUUUUCUAAAAACAUCGUAUUAAACCAAACCAAUAUAUAUUGAGCAACACAUUUAUUUAGUUGUAAAGCAUAAAACAUUAUACCAAACCAUAAGAAAAACGUGUUGGUUUGAGAAAAAAAACUCAGAAUGCACAAAAAAAUCAAUACUCAACUCCUUUUACACUAAUCAUAAAUAAACAACUCAGAAAGCAUAAAAAAUCAACACAUAACUCCUUUCACACUAAUCGCGUGAAGAGGCUUCAUCUAAAUGUUGUGAAGUGUCCUGGAUAUUUCUCUCAGUAGUUGUGAAGUACUUCAUCGACAUACGGCAGGAGCUUGUUCAAAUUCUUUUACUUCUCCUCAGAUAUACAAGUUGGCUAUUUGCAUUUUGGAAGAACUGCGAGAAGAGAAUUUUGACCUCUCCUGCAAAAUGACAUUUUUUCAAAAAGUUCGUUUUCAUUGUGCCUAUUUUUAUAGGAAAACAUACCGAUUGUUUUUUCAUAGUAAAUUCAUGUUAUAUUUUUCCAUACAAAUUUGUUACCAUGAUCAUCCACUUUUCUAGCUUGUAGACACGUUUUUAGUAGUGAGGAGAAAUCAAUAAAACCAUCCAUUUUCAUUUCCUGCACAUGAUUUUACCAACUGUUCAAUAAAACUCUCAUAAUGUUUAUUUUUUUCUCAAUAAUUGAGUGAAUAGUGUCACAUUCGUAUAUCUGGGUAUUAAGAAUUUGUGAUCCACUAUCUCAAAAUUUGAAUUUUGCAUCAAAGUCAUAAACAUCGCAACUCUAUGGCUAGUUUUAUUCUGACCACCACAUGUAUCAGAAUAAAAGGCUACAUAUUUAAUGUUGAGUGAUAAGGUCAAAAGUUCUUUUAUUAAGCAAGAACCGAUCUUUUUUGCACCUCUGCCAGAUAGUGUUUCAUACCACAACAAGUAGUUUUGUUAUUGAUGCAAUCGUACAUUGUUAAGUUGUACGGCUCUAGACAUGCCUAGUUUUCCAUUUUCCUUAUCCAGUUUUUUCGCAAAAUUACAUCUUCAGCAUCCUGUUGGUGUUCAAUUCAAUUCAUUUCUUAGUUUUUCUUUUUCUCAUUUCGUAUCAUUCACUGCAUUUUGUCAUAUUCUUGACAAGUAUCUUUGCUGUAAGUUUUUUUGAUAAUUAAUUUUUUUGAAAAUGAAUUCGUAAGCUUUAUACUACUGAUGGGGCUUUGGGACGAAAUACAAAUUUUUUAUUCAUCAUAAAACCUUGUGGGAGUAUAAAAAGACAGUAAUGGUUCUCAUAUGCCGGAAUUGAAGUUAUGUGUUUCUUAACCAGUUCAAUUCUGUCAGUUUCGAUUUUGUUCUUAGGAGGAUGAUGACCCCUCUCAUCAUCCAAUGUUGUGCCUGAGAUGAGAGUUUUUUCUUACAACAGUCUCAAUAAAUUAAUUUGAUAAGUCAAAUAAAACAGCUUUCACAAAUUUCGAUCAAGUUUCCAUUUAAUAUUAAAUUGUAUUUAUAGUUAAAUUGUCUUGGUUUUGUAGUGUCUGUCUUGUCUGUUUUCUUUUCUUCUCUUGAAAUCAAACCUUCCUGAUCAAACCUUAAUGCUCACUUCUUCCUGCACCUUCCUAAGUCUUUACAUUUGCGGCUUCGGAUCAAUUUUCCGUUGAAUAUGGACUGCCAUCGUUUCUAACAAUUCUUCGUUUUUUUCUUUGCAUUUCUUGUGUAUCUCUUUACUGGAUUUCUUCCUUUUUCUUUUAAAUUUUGUUUUAUUAUCUGUGACGCGAGGAGAUACUAGAUUUUGUGGUAGUUUUUUUUGUAGGGUAUGUAAAGGUACAAUCUCAGAGUCUAAAGAGCUUGAGCCAGGUACUAUGUAAUCCUUGUCACCAUUAUAUUCACACUCACAUUCUGCUGUAACGUGAAGUGAUUUGUCAUCGAGCUGAAUUGAAUCAUCACGCCCAUCCGAUAUAUUCUUUGUUUCAUGAUUGGGUGAAAAGUUAUUAGAGAUUCAAAUAUAAUAUCUAUAAUAAGUAUAAAUUUGUUUAAUUUGUAAAAAAAAACAACUAACUAACGUUUAUUAUAUGUACAUUCUUGACUUAGUCGGUUUGUAGAAGUACACGAAUUUUUCGCACUGUAGAUUUGCUAAAAUUGUUCAAUUGUGAAAUGUACUUUCGGAGAGUUCUAAAUGCAUGGUGCAGAGUUUACAGCUUUAAGGACAAUUUCUAAACUUUUACAUUCGUUCCCACCCUUGUUCGCACACACAUAAAUUAAUAAGAUUACGAAGUGUAAUUUAUAAACACAAACGCUUGCGUUCGAGUUCACGCUCGCAUUCCUGCGUGCCUAGCCAAAACAGGUAUCCUGGUCAUGUGACCACACAUGUGCAGCACCAAUAACUAAAUUCAACAAUUUUUUGUUAAUUUUCCUGGUGUCAUAUAGUCAGCCAAUUAAAUCCCCAGCGACAAAGGAAAGUCAAAAACGUUAUAAAUACUUUCCAACGUUAAGGAGAACAUCAUAGCGAACGUAAGAAUUUAUAAAUCUAACUUUAUUCGCGAUUCAAAUUUAGUAACAAUUCAGAAUCGCUGUAAUGCACAUGCUUCAUUACGAACCCAUUCAGGAUGUUGAUUUACCGCGAAGAAUAAACAACCGUAUCGAACUUUUGAUCCACUAACAUAAACCUGAAAACUACUAUAACUUCGUAAUGAAUAAUUAACGGAAUCGAUGCCACGAAAACUGAAAUAUUAUUAAACUCAGCUAAGUGUGAAAGACAAUUUUGAAAGUGCGUAUGCGAUCGAUCUCUAAACUGAUUCUGAAUUAGGCCUAUGAACAAAGUUAUUCAGAAUCGAUUCUGAAUCAAUUACUAACUAAUUUAGUAUCGCUGAAAAGCGCAUGCUUGAUUCCGAACCUAAUCAGGAUGUUAGCUUUGACAAUUUAAAACAAACAGUUAAUAUUAAUAAUAGAGAGAACGAUGUAUUUGAGCUUAUUAAGGUGAUCUGAAUGGCUAAUAGAGAAAGAAAGAACAUCAGUAAAACACUUUCUAUCUGUCUCUAAUCUAUUCUGAUUGAAUCGAUAUGAAGUCAAAAUUUCUAGUAGAGGGAAGAAGAAGAAUAAGAUGGUUUGAUUUUAAUGGCCAGUUAAUCCGGCGUUACACGCGUCUCUACUUUUGCAAUAAGUAAACGAGCACGGUGUAAAUGACCGCAUUUAAAUAUUCAUAUAAAAAACCGAAAAAUAAAAAGUCCUAGGCAUUUUAGAAAUAUAAUAGGAAAGGACAAUAAAAUAUACUUGAAAAUUAUAAAAAAAGUGAAAAGUAAUUAUCAGGCUCCUCCAAUUUUCCUCCUUCUGCGCGCAUGUUAGACACUAUGGAACAGUCUGUUCUCGGCAAAUGGAUUUCUGACAGCUUCUGCAUUGUGUUGAAGUUUUUCUAUUUCUUUUAUAACUACAUAAAUAACACCUUCCAGAAACUGAUGUUUUCGGCGGUGGUUAUGUUUCAGGCACACUCAGAAUUUCAUUAAUUGGGAUCUUUAUUGAUUUUGGUAGUGUUACGAUGUUUUGUCUUUCAUUUUAGCUAUUAAUGGUGGCCGAAUUUCAUUCUUCUACAAUAGUUCCAAUUACAUGGGUUCUCUUCAUCUUUAAUAUUAACUCUAUGAUUUAGGAUCGAUCCUAAAUUAGUCAAUUCGCUGUUGAUUUGCCGUGGACGGAGUCGAUAGGAUUGCCGAACUUGGAACUGUUGGACAAAAUUCAAAAAUAAGCAACUCUUUGACGUCAAAUUUUUAAAGUGCGUAUGCGAUUGAUACUGCGAAUACGGAACUGUUACUAAACAUUCGAAUUAAGUUAACAGCGAACGACAAUUUUUAAAUGGCGCAUGCGAUGGGUCACAAAUCUGAUUCGGAAUCAAAGCUUUGAAUUUGAUGGAUGUCAUACACAAAUAAGAUUGAGUGCACUAAUCUGAAAUUAUUAUCAUUCAGUUGAGUGUCAAUGAAGUUAUGUCGAAAUAUUAAUAGUACAGAGUAAGAUAAGCUCAAAUCAAACAAAAAACAAAUGUGUACAGAGCAUUUAUUUUCUAUGAAAAAUGUUGAAGUGAUAUUUUUAUUCAUCUUACCAGUGCAGCUACCAACUAUGUUUCGAAGAUCUUUGAGAAAUUUAAUUCUGUUAGAUGACAUAACCUCACUCUGGUCACUGCCACUUUACAAAAUUAUGCUGUAAAAGCUCACCAACAUUACACACGUAGUAUCUAAUAUUGCUCGGAUAUUUCAAACAAUAAUCGUUUUUGAAUAAUGACAAAAUACCAAAAAUAUAAACAAUGAUUACAAUUAAAUGCGCACGUGUUCUAAAUUUAAACAAAACUAAAGAGAGACAAGUACUGAAAAUAUUAGUGCCUUGGAACUUGGAAGAUAACUCCGAUAACACGGAUGGUACUAAAUAAUGUGUGAGUGUUAGUUGAGAUAUCACAAGCUUUCUUUUGCACAUUAGACAUGACUUACAUCAAUUCACAUUACAUAAAAACUAGGACAAAAGAAAACAUAUUAACUUACCUCUUUUGGUAAGUACAAAAGUAACUUUUUAUGCAACAAGUAGUUAACUGAAAAUGCACUUUUUCAGACUUGUCUUCCUUUGCACGCGCAUGAGCGAAAUACUUGGGUUUAAUCAGAAACACCUUAUAUUAUUUAGUUGAAGCUCAAGCGAUUGUAUACUUUAUUCCCAAAGUAUUUUUGUUCAACAAGCAUAUGGUAUCACCGAUGUGUUUUCCAUUUUUUUUCAAAUUUUUCUUCGUUCAUAAAUAUUGGAAUAAUUGACGUACUGUUUUUUUAUAUUUAUAAUUUUUUCGUACUUCCAUAAAUUUAUUUAAGUAAUUUCUUGUUGUGAUGUUAGCAUAAUAAAUUAUUUUCUCUAUA